GCUGGAGAAUUCUUGGAGGCUUUAUCAACAUGGUUGUACUGACAGAAAAAGACAGACCUGUUGCUCAGAUGUUACGGAAUUCUGGAACAUGUCCCCGCUGUAUUUUCAGAUUCUGUGGUGUGGGAUUACAGACUUCCUACAGGCAACCUCAUAAGGAUUUAUUUCAUGAACUAUGCAAGUUUCUGGAGAGCAAAGAAGAUGAAAAUAUAUUAUCUUGUGAAAUGGCUAAUUCCCCUUGUAAAAAGAUCAAACUGGAAAAUGCUAAUGGGAUUAAAGAUCAAAACCCAAAUGGAAGCCAUGAGCUAAACUACAUGUACAGUGAUGGAAAUGAUGCUCCAGCAAUUGAAAACUUAAAUCCAGUUGUGUGCAAUAUAUGUUUGGGGAUUCUACAGGAUCUUUGUGAAAUAGACUUUGUCAAAGCUGUAUGCCAUAAGAUUAAUUCUUCUGAAUAUCAGUUUUCCAGUUUUGUGUUUUCAGUGUCGUUCCCACCACAACUUUCAGUCAGAGAGCAUGCAGCAUGGCUACUGGUGAAAGAAGAAAUGGGAAAACAGGGCUUGUCAAUUGGAAAAGACAACUUUGUUCAGCUGAAAGAAGCUUACAAAUGGCUUAUCCAUCCCCUGUUCUUGGAGGAGUUGGGAGUCCCUGCUGAUGGAAAGAGCUUCAGUGUGUCCAAGCUGCUUCAAACCAGCAAAAAAUAAACAGUCAGUCUUCACCAGAAUGGCUGUGGUAAAAGCUUUGGAUAUGAUUGAUGAAGAAGAGUUUCACAAGAACUAUCCAUCUCCUCCAAGUUCACCUAAAACUCCUUGCACAGCAGUUGAGAUUCAAUGCAACAAUGGUGCCAUUUUUGUGGCUGGAAGAUAUAAUAAAUAUUCAAGAACUCUACCUCAGACUCCCUGGAUUAUAGAUGGAGAGAGGAAGAUGGAAUCAUCUGUAGAAGAAUUGAUCUUGGAGCAUCUCAUGGUUGCCUUCAAAGCAGAUAGUUUUAAUUUUUCAUCCUCUGGAAGGGAAGAUGUGGAUGUGAGAACAUUAGGCAAGGGAAGGCCCUUUGCAGUUGAGCUGGUUAACCCUCGGAAAGUCCAGUUGGCUGCAGUAGAAAUGAAGGAGCUUCAAAAGAGGAUCAACAGUUCUUCAGACAAAGUCCAAGUUCGUGAUUUACAACUUGUCAACAGAGAGGCCAUUGUACAUAUGAAAGAAGGGGAAGAAGAGAAGACGAAGUCCUACAGUGCCUUAAUAUGGACAAAGAAAGUGAUCCAAAAGGAAGACAUUAUGUUCCUAGACUCUAUGAAGGACUUAAAGCUUGAUCAAAAAACUCCAUUACGUGUACUUCAUCGGCGGCCAUUAGCUGUCAGGAUUCGCGUCAUCCACAACAUGCAAUCAGAGUACAUAGACGAGCAUCAUUUCCGUCUUCACUUAAAGACACAAGCAGGGACUUAUGUUAAAGAAUUUGUACAUGGAGAUUUUGGAAGAACUAAACCCAAUAUUGGUUUCCUGUUGAAGACAACUGCAGACAUCUUGGAGCUGGAUGUACAAUCCGUGGAUGUUGACUGGCCACCAGCUCUAGAUGAUUAAGAAGUAAUUUUGAUUUUCAAGAGAGGGGAGAGACUUAUCCAUAGCAGGAUUUAGAGCACUGUGGACAAUAUUUUAUAGGCUAGCUGAAUUGACUUUCCUAGAUUUUUGUAAACCAGUUUAGAUCAUGUUGAUCUGCUCAAGAUUGAUUUGUUUUUAAUUCAGGGGUUCCUAACCGUUGGGCUGGGCCUCACUACCGGGCCAUGGUCUAUUGGGAAUUGGGCCUCCAUGAGUGGCUGGCUGGAGUGUAUAAAUGGCGGGCUGGCGGGCACUUGCAUACGUGGAUGCUGGCCUGUCGCUCGCACUGGCCCCACUGCUUGUUCAAGGUCCAGUUUCCUUACCCCCAUCCUCUAACUGGGCCUCCUAGCCGCAAAGGGAACCACUCUUUUAAUUUUUAAAAAUGCCUCAAAUUGAUUUACACAUUUUAGAAAUAAUGCAUUUUAUUUUGACCUCAUUACCAAUACAAUAUAAAUUGGUACCUAUACAGAAUGGAUACAGAUUCUCAAAGAGAGAAUAAUUUUGAAUUCCUGUGCAAAGGGGAAGAGUAAAAAACCAAAAAGUAAUGUUUUUGCAUGAUAACUCUCAACAAGCACAUUUAAAAUCUUUUUACCAGAAAAAAAGAAGAAAGCGCAUUUUGUCUAGCAGUAUUUGUUCAGUUCAGUUCAAUUCCGUAUUUCCUUGUACUUGCAUGUCUUAAAGCAGCCCUCUCUUGCUAAGGGCUUUCCAGAUGUGUGGAACAAUUUGACUAGAAUUUCCAGUCAGCACCAUUAUUGUUGCUGGAAUUUGGAAGGUUUAUUCCCACUCAUCUAAAGAGAGGCCAGUUGGGCAAGGCUAACAUAUAUAAACCAUUGGAAUCAUUUUGGUAAAUUUAGCUAUGUCAUCUGCUUCUCUUAUACUAUCAAUAGAGCAAUACAUAGAAGAAAGCAGCUCAUUGAAUAUAGUAAAAUUUAGGAAUACUAUCCUGUUUCCCUGAAAAUAAGCCCUCCCUGGGUAAUAAGCCCAAUUGGGCUUUUGAGUGCAUGCGCUAAAAUAAACCCUCCCCCCCAUGAGGUGACCUGGCUCGCCGCCUGCUGCACCUCAAAAAUAAUAAGAUCUCCCCGAAAAUAAGGCCAAACGCUUAUUCGGGGGUCAAAAGAAAACAAGACUCUGUCUUAUUUUGGGGGAAAUACGGUAUUUAUGCAUAAUUCUGGAUCCAAACCAGAAAAAAAAGCCAUAAGAUACCUUUUAGAGAAUCCUAAUAAUUCUUGUGGUUGAGCACUGUUGAAUACUGAAAUGUGCGAAGUUGCCGAGCCAUCAGCAUAUACUCAAGAUGUAUGGCUGUUGUUCCUGGGAAUGUGUCCCUGUGCAUCGUUAGAGGAAAUAGUAAGCCUGAUAGCAUUCAGAGCAACUUAUCUCUGAGUAAAUGGGAUUCACUGUUCUUCCAAUGAUGCAUGGGAUUGCUCACAUGCAUGCAUUCAUAUGCCAAUAUGGACACAGGCUUUUAAAAAUAUAUCCCCUAAAGGAAGAUGUAUUUACCUGUUUCAGUAUUAUGCUAAAAGGAGGAGGAACCAGUUCCUCUAAGACUUCUUUGAGGUUUUCAAGGAGCGAUGCAAACAUUGUU